UCAUGUUGAAGGGGCUUCCCAAAAAAGCCUCUAAAAACUAGUCAACUCUCAGACAUAUGCAGCCUGUGACAAGGGUUUAUGAGGAAAAAUGCUUUCAUUUAAAGUCAAAAAAAGUUGGUAGGCACUGGUCUCAAAUAUCAUUGUCAUGUAGACAGGGGUGUCCAUAUACUUUUGGCCAUAUAGGCCUAGUAUAUCCGAUGUUUUUCUUUGCCUGAAGAGGAUCAUAUUUAGUUGUUUCACGUUUUCAUUCCUCCUAUGGACCCUUUAUAUUGAGACUUUUUUUAUAUGACUGACUUCACUUCUCUUAAACAUGCACAGAGAGUUGAGAAUCAAAAUAGAAAAAGGAGUAGAGGUUGUAUCCUCAAAGGAAGGACUAUGCUAGGAAUUAAACGAGAGCAAUUGCAAAGGGAAAUGUUAUACUGGAGGAGGAGAAGGGCAAUGGGAGAAUCCCAGACUAGGGAGGAAAACAGUCGAGUCAACACUCUGUAGGCAUCCACUGUACCGCAGUGUCGUCCUGCCGCCCUAUCCGACACAGAGAACUGCAGUAGACUACUGCAAAGUGUGAAGGGAGAGAGAGAGAGGAGGGGGGUACCGCACUGUCGUUAUGAGUCCAAGUGGAGAAGGCAGGAGGAGAGACGCAUUAUUGCAGUAGCCUACAGUGCCACAGCACUUUACACGGGCGAAACUACCGCACAUCCCAUAAGACGCACAUCCAUCCGCUACGAGGUGGAGGCAGAAAUCAAAGCGAGACAACUGAUUUCUCAUGACUGGACUUUUUUUUUCCCCUUUAAUUUUUGAAAUUGCACGCAUUUGCCAGGAGCUUUCAGAAGAGGCAACUCAACAACCACCCAAUCAGUGCUGCGUGUCCGCAUCCAGGAGCAGCUCUAUAAGGACUCAGCAUCACUUGGAGGAGCUGCACGCAGCCCUGCAGGAAUCUAAGCAUCCGUGGAUUCCUCUUCAAUGGAUUAUAAUUUAGAAGUACUUUUCUCUUGAGCUUCACUUCCUGCUUCUCCAGUCUAGUCACACAGGGAAUUUUCACCCGACCCGUUUACGUGUCUCUGUAUUGCGGCACUUUGCUGACGACUUGCGUUAUAAAUGCAUCGCUAGAAGAUCGGCUCCACUGCGCCAACAAGCCCCCCGCCUCUUUUUACUGUUAGCAUGGCACUUUAAUCACUUUGCUAAUUGAAAAUUAGGACUUUCGUUUGGACCGGUGCCUAGAAAUUCUCGUCUCUUUUUUUCCUUCGAUCUUGCUGUUUUUCUUCUCGUAUUGUACUUCUGACCCUCCCUCCCUCCCCUGCCUCACUGCCCGUCACCCCUCCUCCGCUGCCCGUGAGUCAGUUCAAACUGCUGCAUAGAAGAUGUCUGCCCCAGAUGCUGCUGCCCCCGGAGCUCCAGGAGCCCCCGGUGCAGAUGGAGGCCCAGCUGGCCCACCUGCCGGCCCACCCAAUACCUCCAGCAACCGCAGGCUACAGCAGACACAGGCCCAAGUGGAGGAGGUGGUGGAUAUCAUGCGGGUGAAUGUGGACAAGGUUUUGGAAAGGGACCAGAAGCUUUCAGAGCUGGAUGACAGAGCGGACGCUCUCCAAGCCGGAGCCUCCCAGUUUGAAAGCUGCGCAGCCAAGCUAAAGAACAAGUAUUGGUGGAAGAACUGCAAGAUGAUGAUCAUGAUGGGUAUCAUUGGAGUCAUUGUGGUUGGAAUAAUAUUCUUGUACUUCUUCUACUGAGCUCAGCCCAUCAACACAGAUGGAUAUGGACAUGAGAAUGAUAUGAGAGGGAAGAGAAGAAAAAAACCCAAGCGCCCCCUUUUAUCCAUCCUCUCCUUCCUCUCUUCACAGUCUUCCAUCAAACCAUCUUGCACUUAUAUAUGACAGUAGUGUUUAUAGGUGUCUCUGCUCUCUUUGUCCCCCUCUCCCUCCCUUCUUGUUGCUUUCUAAAACUGUUUUACCAUGAAGUCUCACUCACUCUCUCCUGUUUCUGCACCUCAUGUAUUAUUGAAGGACGCAGCAGGCAGAGUGAAAGAGGAAGAAAGAAAGGGAAGGAGGGAGAGAGAAAAUUCUUGGGACACGGGAACACACGUGAGCUAAACCCUCUGAGCGGAGCUAUGGGGGGAAAUGUACAAUGUACAGAUGGUGAAUGUGUGCAGGGAGAUUGAACACGAGUUUGCAGUCCUUUCUACCCCAAAGCUUGUUCAUAUUACCUUUUUUGAGAGUCCUCCAUUUGUAAAUUGGUACUGACAUGCCUAACACACUCCUAACACACUCCUUCUAUCACAACCGCUACCAUCAUUGCUACUUACUAACACAAGGUCACGUUAGAUUAAGAUUGUGUACAUUUUUGUUUGUAUGUGUGUGUGUGUGUGUAUUUGUGAUCCAAAGCAUUGUAGCCAAUAGCUUUUUCCAAGUUUAGCUGAUAGGCUUUUAUUAGUAACUUUUUCAUUUCCUUUCCUGCCUAACGUUCUCUUACUUAGUCUCCUAUUUCUGCAAUGUUCAGUAGUAACAAUGGGAGAAAGAAAAUUGAAACAGGGAAGGAGACUGUGUGAGAGUAUAAGGAAAGGAAGAAGUGAUUCAGGGAAAGGUGGUAAGAAACAAACUCAAUUCUGGACUGAUAAGCAAUUUUUGAUAAAGUAGUUGUAUAACUAUGCUUCAUUUCAUCUUGGUUUUUGUACCACAGGUGGUGGCAUAGUAAUAUGCACAGCAAGACAAACAGACACUAACAGUCUACUUUAUACAUGAACUGACUGCUUUGACCCAGAGGAGGGUCUCUUAACUCUGACUUGGACAGACUCACAGUCAUAGACCGAUGAAUGCGUAGCGUCACAUUUCAAGCAGGUACAAAUGCCAACUUGUUUUGAAAGUUGUUCAGACAAAUCGUUUGUUUGAGUGUUGUUUAAAUGACCUGAUCUUCAGAAAGCAAGGAAAAUGGGAGAAAGAACAUGAUUUAGAAACCCAGAGCCACCUACCCCCCUCCCACAUAAAAACAGACUCACCUGUCACCUGCAGUAUGGUAACGGCCAAAAUGAGGUGUUUGUUUCUAACUUGCAUGGCAAACGGUGUCCAUAGUUUUGCCUAUUUGUGUGACCUGUGUAUCUGCCAUUUCUAACUCUAACUGCCGAUUGUAUAUUUUCUUUUGUCAGUGGUUUAAACGACCUGUGUAUAAUGUCUUUCUGAUCUGAUAAUUACUGCUUAUGCAAUGCAAUGAUGCUCAAGAGUUUGCCAUUUCACUUGCUUUUGAGAGAAAAACAAUAUUCAGAGACUGCAAACAGCUGCUACUAUAGUGAACUGUUAAAAACAUAUAGUAUUGUAUGGAUAGAACAAUAGUACACAUCUGUCAGAUUAUGCUCCUGAAAAUGUGUUUAUAAAUUCUUUCAGGUUUUUUGGGGGGGGGGUGUUGGAUAUAAAAGAAAAGCAAAUUUUCUCUCUCUCUCUCUUCGGACUGAUUUGAGAGUUGAAAAAAAAUGAAGAAAAUAUGAACAACCUUAUGCGCAAAAUGCAUUUACGCAUAAUUGUAGCAGUUAGCCAUAAUUAUCUGAUGAUAUUGUGCAACAAUUUUAUUAGGUAAUUACCACAUGAGAUACGAGAAAUGUUUUGCGAUUUACAACCUGAAAAUGCAGUGAGAGAUGCAACUGGAUUUGCGAAAACAAAUGCAUGCUUACCACUUUUGCUGAUGACAAUAAAGAAAUCAACAGAA